AACAUUAAAGUAGCUUACGAGCGCAGGGAACGUAACGGGCGGGGGUCCUGUAUCGCCGACGGUGGCGCCGGAAACGAUAUUUCCGGCGAAGGUACAUCGAUGAUGAUAUUCGAAUCUGCCGUGUUACUUGAGCACCUGUACGAAGCUGAUGGAGUCAUUGGAGCACUUGUUAUCUCGAUCUCUCCGACCGCACCGUCGAUAUUCGGAACUCCAACCGCUGUGAUUCCAAAGAUGAGGAGAUCAAAACAUUAAGACCCGGUCCAUGGCAUCACUGGAAGCUGGAAUUCACUUCUCACAGCAAAAGUAGUGCUGAACCCUGUUUCUAAUUUCCUUCCUGACAACAAAUCACAGUCCUGUGUGGUAUUCUUACCUGCUAUUUGAACACGAAACGCUAUUUCAUUUGAGACUCCUCACCAAUUAGCCUACAGCUAAUAUACAUACAAAAUAAUUCCCUCCGGUAGAUUUUUAAUGAACAGUUUGAAUUGUAUUUAGGUCCAGAGCCAAGGAGAUUUUGAUGAUUCAAGCAGCUCUACAUGGGAUGGUUAGUUCUCUGUUCAGAUAUGGUACACAUAUUGAUCCCUGAGGUAGAGUAUACUCCAACUAUAUUGUCCAGAUAAGUGGUUGGGCUAGAAUGGUGCCACGUGGUGAAUUCGUAGCCAUGCCUGCCGAGGAUGAGCCCUCAUCUUCAUUUUAUUGUUCCUCCUUGUAAAAUAAACAUACCAAUAGAAAGGAUAAGCCACUUGUGGAGAACUCGUGUUAUAAACACUCUUGUAAUUCCCUCAUCUCAGUCUCCAACCCAUCCAACGGCUCACAUUCAUGCAAUAGACCCAGUAAGGAUAUAUUAUCUUGGGCCGUAUUGUUUUCUCCUUCAAUUCCCACAUUCCCAAGCUCCACACUAGGAUAGAGAGAGAUAUAACAUUGAUAGCUAAGAUGGCUUCUCUAACCAUAGCUUUUGCUCCGGCAGCUGGACGGGUGUUUGCAGCAACCGCAGAAAAGAGCUCUGGUGGAAGCGGGGAGAAGGGUAUUCUUGACUGGAUCCUUGGAGGGUUACAGAAGGAGGAUCAGAUGCUUGAGACAGACCCGAUUCUGAAGAAGGUUGAGGAGAAAAAUGGUGGCAGCAACGGCGGCCGGAAGAAUUCUGUGGUGGUUCCACCAAAGAAGAAGGGUGGCUUUGGAGGCCUUUUUGCCAAGAAAUGACUGAUGCCCAUCAAUGUAAUGAUGCUCAGAAUUGGUCUGUUCUACGUUGUUUUGAUCUUUGAUCAUAAUGAUUUCUCAAUCGUUAAGCUGUGUUACCUUAUUUCAUCAUUUCUUCCAUGACCAUGGACUCUCAAUUUAUUUCUGAUAUCAUCAUAUCAUCAGGUUAUCUGAACUCAGUUAUCUUC